AUGCUCGCCCCCCGCUGGUCCUCCCCUCUCGCAACCCUACGCCAAUCCCUCCUCCGACCCGCUCAAGCACCACCCAAACUCCCCUCUUCGCCCUUGUCCCUCCCUCGCCGGCCCCUCUGCUCAUCAACGCUCACUCACAACCCCCGCUCCACCUCUUUCCUCCACUCCUACCGCCUCGGUCUCGCCCUUGCACUCCCCGUAUCCGCCCUCGGUCUCUCACUCGCCUUCCCCUCCCCCUCGGCCGGAACACUUCAGUGCCAACCUCUCGCAGGGUCGGACCGGAGCUAUGCCCGCGCGCCCGUGACGGACGAGACGGACCUCCCCUCUUCUGCUGCGACGGGAGAGGCGGAGAGUAUCCUUAGCGCAAGGGAUUUGGGCUUCGGGACUGUGAGCGGGAUCUGCGUCGGCGUUUUCGUCAAGAAGGGAUUGAGGGCCCUUGCGUUCACGCUCGGCGGAAUCUUCGUCCUCCUCCAGUACCUCUCCUCGCGCUCGCUCAUCUCGAUCAACUGGGAAGCCCUGACAGGUUCCUACGACCGCCUCAUCACCUCUCGCGUCGGCCCGCCCGCCUCAAAAGGCGGCAACCGCCUCGGCUCGCUCUGGAGCUGGUUCAUCGAUUUCGUUGGCGCCAACGUCCAGAGCAGGGCGACGUUCGUGGCGGGUGUUUUGCUUGGGUUUAGGUUGGGAUGA